AUGAGACGUGCGCGGAGUGUGACCGGGCCCUUACGGCGCGCCCACCCCGCGUCCGGGGCCACCUGGAAUGUCCAGGUGGUGAAGGGGAAAAUGAGUUCACAAUGUUUAUGGCACGCAUGUCGUGCGCUGUCUGCUGGCUUGCUACUGAUGCUGUUGGGAGGAGCUAUGGCCGUCAUAGGUUACUACGCAGAUACAUUAUCAGUAGCUCAGGAAGUGCGUGGAAACGCGACUGUCUCAGUGAAAGACGAGGCGCGAGGCUUCCAUCUCAAUAACCUUUCAUACGCGGGACCUAUUGUUAUGGGAUUUGGAGGUUUCAUCGUAGUCGCUGCGUGCGUGAUGACAUUUGAGGCUCGAGACAGUGCAGCCAAAGUCACUCCCGCCCGGCCGCAAGCGAUACCGCGGCCGUUACCGCGAAGGGGUCCCUGCGCCACCCCAGCUCGGCUUGACCAACUCGGCGUCUAUAGAUUACCCCACGUGCUUCCUCUGCCACAUGCACUGCCUCUCCCACAAACUCAUAGAAUACGACAACCACACACGCGAAAAAGAGGUGGUGAACGAGCUAAAGAAAAAGCACGCUUCGGGUCAGCGCCCGAUUUACGUAGCGCCAGCGGUCGCGCUACGUUGCCGGUUACUGCGCUACGACGACCGCUACGGCGCUACGCGCUUUCUGUAGAUGAGCCUCCGCAAUCAGCCGUCAGUGCUAGCGCAGCAGAGUCAGAAUGUGGUUCGCAAUCGUCUCUAGCACUUGAUUUGCACGGUAGCGGCGCAUGCGCGGGGGUGACAUUGCGCGUACGUGACAACACACGGCGACGACCUCUUGCGCGGCAACAACGUCUUGUUGAUGACAUAUCACAACCUGUUUCUGGAGAACGAAUGAAUACAAUGAAUGGGAUUGAGGAAUCUCCACCAAGAGUGAACACUGAGGAAAGAACAGACACCGUUGAAAUGGUACAUCUCUCUGUAGAAAGAGAGAUCCGAGCAUGUAGCGCUCCGCCUCUGUCUUCCCCGCCACAAUCACCUAUGUCCACUUUACAGACUGAAACACGUAUAUGUAUUGAACCUGAAGAAAAUAACGAUACAUACGAAUGUAUUAUACCGUUAGAUAAUAGUAGUGAAACUAUUGAUAUAAUAAAAGACACCAAUAAUUAAUAGUACUCAUGAUCUUGUUAAAGAAUUACCUACGUACGAAGACGAUGCGAUGCGAGUUUUGCUCAAUUUUAAACUAAAAGAGAAAAAGAUAUAUAAAACAGUUAAUUAAUAAUCCCUAAAGUCUUUCUGCGAUUUAAUUUAAGGUUGGUAAACCAAAUUCAAUCAAUAAAAAUUUGUUAAUUAAUUUUAUUAUGUUUACGGCCUAAUUCGAAUAUGUACCUAAAUUUCCAAAAUGUAUAUUCCAUUAAAAUAUAAUGUACGGUCUACAUUGU